AUGUUCAACAAGCUUGGCACUAAGAUCGCUCUCCAAAGGGCCGGCUUGGGCAACGUAUCGCUCCCGUCCUUCCCGAAGAACGAAAGCAAGGGCGGAGAAGGAGGAACAGGCUACGAGUUCUCGAAUCCCUUCGCAAACGUACAAUGGGGGAAAGCGUUCAGCUCGUGGCAGGCGCCCGCAGAAGGAUACCCAGUCGCUGAUCCCCCGACGAUUGGUAUUCGCGCUCCGAGCAAUUCGAAAUUGAGAUUCCCUCCUAUCGAUGGCAGACCCUGCGUGAUUUUGUUCUUGAGAUUUUGCGGGUGCCCUUUCACACAGAAACUCUUCCUCCGCAUGCGCUCCCUCGCAAACCGCCACACGGGCAUCCACUUCAUUGCCGUCUCGCACUGCACACCCGAAGCGACCGCCGCAUGGACGAAGAAAAUCGGAGGCGCUUGGAAUGUCGACGUGGUUAUCGACGAGCAGCGCGAACUGUACGCGAUGUGGGGGCUGGGCAUGUCAACCUGGGCUCAUGUGCUAAACCCGCGCAAUGGUAUCAAUCAAAUCAAGCUGAGCAAGCAAGAAAAUGCCGUGUGGCAGCCGGUAGGCGAGGGCGGCUGUAGGUGGCAAGUUGGGGGCGCGUACGCCGUUGAUGACAGGGGAACGGUGAAGUGGGGUGCGCCGAUGCAGAGUGUAGACGAGGACGUCAUGCUUGAAGAUGGCGUGAGAGCCUUGGGCUUCUCUGCGGCUGCACCAGGAGUAUUCUGA